CUAGAGGUUCUCAUACAACAUCUAUCUCAGUAGCCCAUAAACCUAAACCUAAGUCUAGAUCACCAUCACCAACACCACCUAAAGUAUCAGACGCUGACAAAAGACGAGUGUUUCAGAAGAUGAAGGGAGAAUUCAGUGAUAUGGAGGAGAGUUUUAUUAAGAUGGCAUUAGAGUCAGUACAUUAUAAUGAAGCUAACUUCAAGAGAAUGGUGGAAAUUUAUAAAAAGUCAGGGUCUGGAGCAAAGGGCUCAUCAGCUUCAUCAUCAAGAGGCAGAAAAACUGUGGAUGAUGAUUUAACUUUUAAACCAACAGGAUCUCUGGUACCUGAAUCUUUUUCUGGGGGCAUGGAACCAGUUGUUUUUGGACAUGACUAUGAUGAUAAACCGUUACCAAGCACAUCAACUGCUUAUACUGUUCCUUUUGGUACACCUAAGAAAUCAGCUACCAAGGUAACCAAGACAUCAACAACAAUACCUUUUGGGGUAAUAAAGUCAGGUACAAAGAUAACUCCUGGAGUAACCAAGACAACAGCUAAAAAAACAGCACAGCCAAAGAAAGAAACCAUAGAUCACCAUGCAGCAAGAAUACAAGCUGAUAAUAAAUCACAUGGAACUCAACAAACCAGAGCUAAACAUGUUGCUCAAUUCAGUGGAAAUUUGUUGUCAUCAACAAAUGGGAUUUUAAGUAACCUAGCAACCAAAUGUUGUUUGAAAAUGGCUACUGGCAACCAAAGAGAUUCCAGCACUGGUCCAACUCAUGUGGUAGUAAAUCAGCCAAGAUCUAACUUGGCUAAAGGUCCAGACCCAGAUUUAAGGAAAGGUCCAGACAAGGAACUGCUAUUGACUGAGUACGUGAAUAUAUAUGGCCCUAAUCCAGACCUAAGAGAAGGGCCAGAUAGAAGUCGUGUACAGGGGUCACAAGGGGCUGUUGGACCUGACCCAUCACUGGCUUGUGGACCUCAAGCUUUGCAUCACAGCUUUAUUGAUAACCGUCCUUUAAUUACUGCAAUUUAAUUUUACAAAUAAAUCACUGCAUGUUAUGUUUAAACAUGGCAAUCUUUUCCAGUCUUACUAACAAUCAAACAAUAAGAGAAUAGUCAAGUUUCUAUAUGAACUUUAUGAGAAAAUUUUUGUGUACAUUUAAAUAGCAAUUAAUGUUUGAAUGAUCUUACAUUACUAUGUACAUUACAAUGGUUUGAAAUGCAUUUUGCAAAGUUUUGUCUUGUUACUGUUUAGUAUUAUUGUGAUAAAUUUUAUCUGUGAAGUUUUAAAAAAAAAAUCAUUUUAAUAAGUUUUUUUUUGCAAAUUUCAGAGGCCUUAAAAGAUCUAAGAAUAAAAAAAAUAAUGUUCCAUGUUAAUUUAAACAUUUAUUUGACUGAUUGACUGUAAUAUUUUUUCUGUCUAUGAAGAAAUAUCUUAAAAAAUUUGAUGCACACUGAAUAACGCCCAUAGGGGGUUAUUUAACAGUGUGCACCAUAUUUUUUAUGUUAUUU